UGUAUUCAUUCGCUUUUAUCAAGAAGUCCAAAAUUUGGACGGGUGCAGUAGCCGCGUUUGGAAAAGAAAUGAAAAAAUUUGUAGACUUAAUUAUUUUUUUUUUCAAUUUUAAUGCAAUGUUGUUCAGAAUAAUUAAAAGAAAUUUAUAAAAAAUAAUAAAAUUUAAAUUUAGUUACGUAAUUCUGAUGUAAGUGUCUAUAAUAAAAGGUGUUUUAGAAAGAUAAAAAAAAAAAUCAGUGAAAAAAUGUCUUGUGUCUUCCUCAAAUAGCGCUCCUACUACCCUAGCAAGAAAAAUUAAAAUAUUAUAGAUAUAAAAAUUUUUAGAAAAAUUUUUUUUGUGUGUUAAAAUAUUAUUUGCCCAAUGAAAUUAAAAAAGGAAUUCGAUUUCACUUAAGACUUUGUUAUAUAAAUAGACUAUUAAUUUAUAUUUUUGGAAAAUGAAAAAUAAAAAAGAAAAUUUUUAUUUUUUAUGUACGACUAAGUUUUAAAAACAAUUUAAAGACUCGUGCUUGUGAAAAACUGAACCUUUUCCCAAUCAAUUUAAAAAAAUUUAAAUUAAUUUUUUUUAUUUUUUAUCUAAAAAGUUUAAAUUAAUGCCAGCCAGUUACAGAAAAUAAAAAUUAUUAAUGAAAAUGAUAAUCAUUUUUACAAUUAUUUUCGAAAAUUUUCACCAUAAGGCAGCAGACAUCUUGGAUCAUUUUUUUUCGAUUUUUAUUCUAAAAAACCCCGAAUAAGAUAAAAGAAAAAAAAAAAACAAACAAACAAAAAUAAAUAGUAAAAAAAUGCCUUAUUUAAAACCGGCGAUCAGGAUGUUUUUUAUACCAGAAACGUAAUUAAGACACAAACAAAUAAAAUAUCUUAACAUUUAAAAAUGUAUUUCAUGAAAAUUAAGAACAUAAUAGCUAUUAAACGUUUAUAUUUAAUAUUAGGAAAAUAUUAAAUACGUUUUAUUUAAUAAGUAUAAAGGCCAAAUUUUGAUAAAUUUAAAUUUAAUAUAUAAUAUAUAUACAAUUUAUACGUAAAAAGAUACAAACCGUAAUAGAAGUAAAGUUAUAAAUAAAACACAAAAAAAAAAAAUAAAAAAGAAAAAACAGAAAAAAUGGCAACACCACAAACAAAAGACUUAAUUUUACAUUCACCAGCUGGAGCUGAAGUAAUUCGUUAUCCUUGGCCACUUCAAAUUGGAUCUGGUUCGGACAAACAUGACAAUGGUAUUGAUAUUAUUGAAACAAUACGUUUUGUUUGUGAAGAUAUACCUGAAAUUAGAUCAACAUUCGAAGAAAUUAAUUUUAAUGAACUGGACACUGCCUGUUAUAAGACUAUGACAUCAUUUGUCGAAAGAUUUAACAAAGCAAUUGAUAGUAUUAAAAAUUUGGAGAAAGGAACAUCACUGCCAACGCAACGAUUAAAUAAAUUUGCUUCUCCAAAUCUUCUAAGACAUAUAUUGCAAUUAGUUUAUAAUGCUGCCGUUAUUGACCCAGAUAAAUUAAACCAAUAUGAACCCUUUUCACCUGAGGUAUAUGGAGAAACAUCUUAUGAAUUGAUUCAGCAAAUGAUUAAACAAGUUAAUGUACAAUCAGAUGAUACCUUUAUUGACUUAGGUUCUGGUGUUGGCCAAGUAGUAUUACAAAUGGCUGGUUCAGUUGAAUUAAAAGCAUGUAUAGGUAUCGAGAAAGCUGAUGUACCAUCAUCAUACGCUCAAUUAAUGGAUUCACAUUUUCGAUUAUGGAUGAAUUGGUUUGGAAAGCGUUUUGGCGAAUAUCAUUUGAUCAAAGGAGAUUUUUUAGCAGACGAACAUCGCGAAAAGAUAACUUCAUCAAGUUUAGUAUUUGUUAACAAUUUUGCUUUUGGUCCUACAGUUGAUCACCAUUUGAAAGAACGUUUCGCUGAUUUACGAGAUGGGGCCCGAAUUGUUUCGUCAAAAAGUUUUUGUCCUUUAAACUUUCGAAUAACGGAAAGAAAUUUAAGUGACAUCGGAACAAUUAUGCAUGUUAGUGAAAUGACCCCACUUAAAGGUUCUGUAUCUUGGACUGGAAAACCUGUUUCUUAUUAUCUCCAUAAAAUUGAUAGAACUAAAUUAGAAAGAUAUUUCCAACGUUUAAAAAUACAGAAAGGAGCUGAGCAUGAUUCUAGUGGCACGACCACUCGUACAACUAGAGAGCGUUCUAAAAGGAAUAUGGCGAACAGUGCUGGGAACAACAAUCAAAAUAGCCAUUCAACUAACAACGCUUUUGGCAGUAAUAAUAGUAAUAAUAGCACCAAUAAUAACAUCAAUAUUAAUAAUAGUAAUAAUAACAACAAUAACAAUAAUAGUGACAUUAAUAUUGAUAAUACAAAUAAUAAUAGUAACGACAUUUCAAAUAAUAAUAAUAGUAAUAAUAAUAAUAAUAGUGAUAAUGAUAACAAUAAUAACAGUAAUUAUAAUAAUGAUAACAAAAAUAAUAAUAACGACAGUAAUAGUAAUAGCAAGAACAAUAUUAUUAAUAAUAAUAAUAGUAACAAUAAUAAUGAUAACAAAAUUAAUGUAAAUGAUAUUUGUAAUAAUAUUAAUAGUGGCAAUAAUAAAAAUGACAACAAUAAUAGUAAAGAAAAUAAUAACCAAAAUAUAAACAAUGGUGAACCUUCACCAGUAACAAUCAAUAAUAACAAUAAAAACAAUAAUAAUAUUGCUAAUAAAAAUGAUAAUGAUAAUAGCAACAGUAGUAAUCAAAGCAGUUGUCAUGAAAACAGCGGUAAAAUCAACCAUGUAACUAAUAACAUCUGUAACCAUGCCAAUAAUAACAUCACUACUAAUAGCAAUAGUAAUAAAAUUAAUAGCAAUAGUAACAGUAAUAGUAAUAAUGACAACAGUAGUAAUAAUAAAAAUAAUAACAAUAACAUUAACAUUAAAAAAAAUGCUAAUGUUAAUAAUACUGUAAAUAAUAAUAAUAAUAAUAAUGAUAAUAGUUUUGAUAAAAACAUUGGCAAUAAUAAUGAUAACAAUAAUAAUCAAAAUAAUAAGAAUAACAAUGAUAAUAGAAAUAAAAAUAAUAACAAUAAUGAUAAAAGUUGUAAUAAAAAUACAAAUAAUGAUUUUGGUAAUGAAAAAAAUUGGAAUAAUAAUGAUAAUAUUAAUAAUAACAAUAAUGGAAAUAAAAAUAAUAGCAACAAUUCUAAUAAUAAACUUUAUAUUAAUAAUAAUGGUAAUAAUACUAUAACUAAUAAUACUACAAACAAUAAUAAUCAUAUGUGUAAUGAUAUUAAUAAUGAAAAUAGUAAGGAUAAAAAUCAUACUAUUAAUAAAAAUAAUAGUAGCAUUGAAAAUAAUGAUAGCAGUAAUAAUAACAAGAGUAAUAAUAAUGUCAACAAAAAUAGUAGUAACAAUAAUAAUAGUAAUAGUAACAAUUUAAAUAAUAUGAUCAAAUCUACCACUCCAACGCCUGUGGCAAUACCGACACGAAAUUCAACUCCUACCGUAACAACGUCUACAUCUGCUUUACCAAUAACGAACUCAGAUAAACAUUCAAAUACAAGUAUAAUAUGCAGCAGUUCCAUAAACAAUAAUAAAAACAACAAUAUUGUUAAAACUGAUGCUUUAGUUCCAAUUAAACAAACUGAAAGUGAUUCGUCUUCAUCAGAAAGCGAUACAGAUCAGCCAGCUGGAACACAAACUAGGCGUGGAUGGUAUGAGUGGUAUAGCAGUUCUAAAGAUAAAAGUAGUCAAUCAGACGAAGAAGAGAACAAUAAUUAUAGAACAAAUUCACGUAAUAAUGGUCAGAGAAAAGGUACAGUUACACAGAAGAAAAGAAAAAAGUUAAUGAGAAAAGCAGCUAUUACCGCAGCUACCAAAACAAGUCAAACUUUAAAUAACUCUACGAACGUUAAUAGUACACAAGAAAAAACUGCUCCGGCUAUGCAAACAAAUAAAUCUACACCAGUUGAUACAAUUUUUCGUAGCACGAAACGCGGGCGAAUGAAAAAAGGACGUGGAAAAAGAUGUUUAAAAAUCACUGGAUUAGAUAUUCUACAUACACAAACUUUGUUAAGCACUAGUGCUGAAAUGAUGAGUAAAAAAUUACCUCCAGCUCCUGGUUGUGUUGAUCAACAAUUGACUUCAUUGUCAGGAAACAUGUAUCAUGAAGAAUUGGAAAUACCAAAGGAAACUGAUACUCCUUAUUCAUUACAAAUUUUAUUAGAAAAUUUUAGAGCACAGUAUAUGGCUGUUUUAGAACAAAUGAAGAGUAGUAGUUAUAAGAAAUCAAUCAAUGAUGAAAUUAAAAAGGAACAAGAUCAUAAAGAGAUAUUAAAAAAUCGAAUAAAUCAGCUGGAUAAACAAAUAAAGGUUUUAAUUGAGGAUAGCGUCAAUUUAUUGAAAGCCAGAAUGAAUGAAUUGGGAAUCAGUAUGACUUCCCAAAACGAUUUGUUAGCCAAAGCAAAAGAAAUCGUUGGACGACAUAAAGAGUUACAGUUAACCACAGCAAAAUUAACAAAUCAAGUUAAUAAAAUUGAACAAGAACAGAGAAUUCUCAUUGAAAACAAUUUGAGGGCAUUGAUGUUUAAAAGUAAACUCAAAGGAACUAAUGGGUUACAUUUACCCAAUAAUGAUAUCACUUUAACUAAUGAUUUGACUCCAGCCGCUUCGCAUGAGUUGGUUUUAAAAGAAAUAGCAAAUACACUUUCUCAACGUAAAAAAUUACAUAAUCAAGUAUCAAAUUUGGAGGUUGACAUAAAAUCCAUAGAAAAGGCGGCUGAAGAAAAGAAACAAGCAGCAUUAAUUUUAGCACAACAAAGCCCACAUUUGACCGUUACAAAUGUUACUACAACGGUUAAUAAUCUUCAUCGAGAAAUUUUACGGGAACGAGACAAAGAUAAUCAUGUUAAUAAUCAGUACAAUAACAGUCAUCAUAACAAUCAGCAUAACAGCGGAAACAAUACAAGUUCUCACAGCAGUAGUUCUUCCGAGCGGUCCUCAAAAUCAUCAAAAUCUUCUCGUAGAAAUCGGGAGCACAGAACUCGUUCGCAAGAAUGGCCAGAUGUUCCAGAUGUUGGUAAAAUUGAAGAAAAUAAUCCUGAAAUUUUGGCACAAAAAAUUUUAGAGACUGGUAGAAAAAUUGAAGCGGGAAAACUAAAUGCUGGAAAUAUUGGAGGUCUUAGCAAUGCUACUUCAGUUACUGUUUCCUAUUCUAGUAAACAUAAAGAUGAAAGAAAACAUAGCAAUAAUACACCAAAAGAUGUACAUUAUAAUCAACAUCUUCCUCAAGUUGGUCCCGACAGUGCUUUAAUGCCAGCUCCUCCGCCAUCUAAUAUAAAGCAAGCUCAUUCAGAACAUCAUAGACCUAACUCAGAUUUAGUUAGAGGAAAUUUGCAUCCGUCGCCGAAUCGGCAAUCUUCAAAGUCAAGUCCUAUUGUUAUUAGUCCCAUUAAUACCAACAAUACGCAACCUCAAUUGCAACAGCCACAAGUGCAGCCAGUAUCUGUUACACCACCAACAGCACCCACAGCGAAAUUAAUACAAGAGUCUCCGAAAGUAGUUAAUUUUGAAGAUCGCUUAAAAAGCAUAAUUACCUCCGUUUUAAAUGAAGAUCAAGAACAAAGGAAACAAGCUGCUCAUCAAACUGGUGACACCAGAAAACAGUCUCAACCACAACCUCCGACUGUUCCGCUUAGUGCUUCUAACAAAUCUGCUUUAAACCAGCAACAGCAUCAAACCUUGAUAAAUGAUCAACAGAGAAUGGUUCAACACCACCAAUCACAUAUAUCUAGCAAUAUAAAUUCUAUUUUAAACGUUGCCACCCAAGGCCCUACUCACUUGAAUUCAACAACAACCAUUUCACCCAUAACACCACCACCAUAUGGAGGUCAGCCCCCUCCCCCUCCACCGCCUCCUGUAGUAAAUCCUCAUCGGCAUGAAAUAAUAUCUGGUGUGUACAAAGGUAAUCCUUCAACAUCUCUUUAUGGGAGUGAAAGAAAUUCGAACAGGGAAAAAGAUCGUCCCGCGAAUGUACCAUCUCAAUCCGCAGCAGCUGUUAUGUCAGCCGCAAUGCAAUCUAACGUCGUUUCUAUGCAACAUGCUGUUCAUAGUACUGUUUCAAACAAUCUUCAGAAAUAUUAUUCCAAGGGUUUGUCUGUUAAUGUUUCACCAAGUCAACCACCUCAUCAAGUGUCUCAUCAACAUCGUGAUCCGGUUCAACAUCAAAGUUCACAUCAACUUCAACAACCAUCUCAACAUGCAGCACAGCAUCAGGCUUCCCUUCAAACUUCACAUCAAUCUCCACGUCAGCCUCCUCAUCAAGCCGCCCAUCAACCACCUCAUCCCCUUUCCCAUCAACUUCCUCACCAACCUUCGCACCAAUCUUCACAUCAACCUCCCCAUCAGCUGUCACAUCAAUCACCACAUCAAUCCCCACACCAUCCACAACAUCAAUUUUCACAUCAACCUUCGCAUGCAACCCCACAUCAGCCUACACAUCAAGGUCCACAUCAGCCUUCACAUCAAGCACAACAUUCAGUUUCCCAUUCUUCGACGCAUCAAUCUCCACGUCAACCUUCACAUCAAACCACCCACCAAUCUCCACAUCAUCAUCCUCACCAACCCCCACAUCAAUCCUUACAUCAAUCUUUACAUCAUACGACACACCAAAUGCAGCAUCAGACAGUACACCAGUCAACACACCAAUCUCCGCACCAAUCCCCACACCUGCCAUCUCAUCAACAAAAUUCUGCACAUCAUAUGCAACAGCACCAUCCCCAACCACAUCAAAAUGUUUCAACUUCACAUGGUUCUACGCAUCCAGCAAAUCAAUCGCAAACUUUAGUGUACGCAACACAGCAACAAGUCACAACUGACCUAAUGUAUCGAAGAAAUUAUGAACAUUGCUUAAACUCCCAAGAAAGAUUAGAGUUUAAGACCCCAGAGCAGAUGAGGUAUGAAAAACAAGGAUUUGUUGAAGAAAAUGUUCGUAGUAAUUCAGCUUCUUCUGACUCAGCUAUGUAUUAUUCAUCCAGAGAUCGUGAUCGCCAGAUUUCAAUCGGAAACUCUAAUAAUAAUUCAGGUAAUAACAUACCUCAACAGUCGCAACAACAACCAAGUCGCCCAAGUUCAAGCUCUUCGCAGCCAGAUUAUACGCAAGUUUCUCCAGCUAAAAUGGCGCUUCGUAGGCACUUGUCUCAAGAGAAAUUAAACCAUUCGGGUAAUACUUUACCAUCACAUCCAUCUGGCAUGUCAAAAACCAUUGGUGAUUUGGUAAAUGGGGAAAUAGAAAGAACCCUUGAAAUAUCACAUCAGAGUAUAAUAAAUGCCGCUAUUAACAUGAGUACUGUUGGAACGUCAUCUGAAAGACUACUAAUCAAUCCAAAUGCUCAGAGACCAGAACGUGUUAAUGUGCGCUUAUUGGAUGACGCGUCUCCAUAUAAUUCUCAAGUGAUUGAUCCUUCUAACAGACAACAUCCGCAACAACUUCCGCAUCAACAACCACAUCAACAGCAACCAACUCCACAGCAACAACCACAACAGCCCACACAUUCUCAACAUCAAAUGCAACGAAAUAGCAAUGUCGAUCUAGAGAGAAAGUCUCCAAUGCAGUAUAGUGGAAAUUCUCAAAAUUCAAAUAGCCAAAAUAGCUUAACAACAUUAGCUCACGUUGCAUACAAUCAAAAAAUACAGCCACAUCAGCCAACUCUUUAUAAUAAUAGUAAUCAUCACGCAAGCGGUGGUGUUAUUAGUAACAAUAGUAGUUCUUCUAGACGUCAUGUUUCACCAUCUUCUUCACGUAGCUCAUUCAAUUCAAGUUAUGACAGACAUUCAUCGCAGCAACAGUUAAUGCAGCAACAAACGCAUUCUCAAACGCAAAUUGAAAGAAAUGCCAGAAACGUAGAAAGAAAUUAUUCGACAGUGUCGCUGCCCCGAACGGAAAUCAAACCAUACUUAGAAUCAUAUUUUAAUGAUGAGCAAAAACCGUCAGAGGAACAGUUACCUUCCACGAGAGUAUCUAGGAUGAUAAAUCCCCCCCUUGAAGGGUUAGCAGCUUCACUGCAAGCCCGUGUUAUAGCAUCUCUUAAAAUAAAAGAAGAAAACGAAGAGAGAUUAAGAAGAUCUGAAUCGAAUUAUUCCAGUUCAAUUUCAUCAAAUAUUUCAUCAGUUAAAGCUUCCCAUUUAAAAGCCGAAGUUGGUAUGAAAAGAACAUCUCCAAUUGUUAAUCAUCACAGGCCACCAAAAAUGCCUUAUUAUUCGGAUCAACAAAAUCUUGAAAAUCUAACAUCAGCGCCGGUAGUAGAUAUUUCACCUGUUAGACUUUCUAACAGCUCUAUUUCAAGUUCUUAUUCGAACACUACAACUAGUGGAGGUGGUUUAGGAUUAAUUGGAAAUCAUAAUAGACAUCAAAUAUUAAGAGAACAACAUCCCAAUUCAAAUAUAGUAAUGGAACCGCCAUUGAUGAGCCCUGAAAUAAAUUCACUGGCAAUUGAAGAACGUGUUGGAUCUGCUGGUCCUGAAAGAAGUAAUAGUGCUGCUUCAAACAUGACUAAUUCCCGAACAGGUCGUAAUGAGGAUGAUGAUGUUCUACCAGACGAUGAGACUGGUUGGCAAGAUCGUAUCAGUUCUGGAUUUGAUCGUCUAGUUGCUUUUGCUUCAACGGAAUUAGAUAAAACAAGACGUUCAAUUGAUAAUGAUACAGCUCCCUCAAUAAGUUGUAAUACAUCACCAGAUUCUGGUAUUGCACAUAGUAGUAGCAGCGAUGCCAGAACCUUUCUGUCAACAUCAUCAUCUUCAUCACAUUUGGAUUUACCAGUUGUACCUGGGGGUAAUAGUAGUGGUGGUGUUAGUGGUGGAUCAUCUUCAACGUAUUUGUUGUCAUCGUCAUCGUCAACAACAAACGUUUCUGCUGUUAAAAAUGUAGGAAAUGUACAUGUCAAUAUAAAUGAGAACUUAUGUAGCGGUAAUAGUAUUUGUAGUGGGGUUAGCGCUGGUAGCAAUAGCAGUACAAAUAGUAAUAGUAGUGCUGAGCAAAUAAAUAACAAUAACACUAUUAUUCAUAAUAAUUAUAAUAUACAUAAAGGACAUAAUAAUAAUAACAUUGAAAAUAGCAAUAAUAGCAAUAACAAUAAUAAUAUCAUUAAUAGUAAUAACAGUGUUAAUCAAAAUAAAAGUGAUAAUCAGCUUAAUAGCAUUAUCAAUAGUAAUAAUAAUGGAGCUAAUAUUUAUAAUAACAAUAAUAAUAGUAAUAAUAUUAAUAUUGGGAAUAAUAACAAUAGCAAUAUUAAUAAUAAUAAUAAUAGCAGUAAUAGCAAUAAUAAAAGUAACGUUAAUAUAUCAACAUCAGCAACCUCAAGUUCAAUAAAUUUAAAUCAACAUCGUUUGAAUAAUUAUCAUGGCAAUUAUUUAGAUGUGAAUUCGUGUAGUAAAGUAAUUAGUAAUAAUAUUAUCACGAACAGUAAUAAUAAUAUUAAUGAAAAUAGCAGCAGAAAUAAUAAUAAUAAUAAUAAUAAUAAUAAUGAAAAUAACAAUUGUAAUAAUAAUGAUAAUAAUGGUAGAAAAUUAUUCGAUCACACUCCUUCUAUAAUUAAAACUGUUUCAAAUAUUGAUCGAGAAAGCCCUUCUCUAUCUGAAGGUUAUUUACCAAGAACACCAAGUCCAUCAGCAUCAUUAGCAUCAUCUGUCUCCUUACUACCAACAAAUUCAUCUUCCAUACUGAGUACUUCUACCGUAGGAAAUCCUGGUUAUGGACAAGUAAAUUUGAAAAUACCUUUGAAAUAUCAACGUCAAUCUAGGAUUCCGUCAGAAAAACAUUAUAAAAAGAAAUUUCGGGAAAGAACAUGGGAAUAUGAUUAUGAUGAUAUUUAUGAACCAGAUGUCAAUCCAAGUCAGCCUUCAAUACCUCAUGCAUCAUCAACGUGUAGUAGUGAUAAUUCCAUGAAUUCAGAGUUGAUACCGCAAUCUCAAUACCAUAAUAAUGUGAAGACAUAUUCAAGUGAAGAAAGAACAAAUGCUGUGAGCAGCUAUGUUAAUAAUGAUACAACAUUAAUGCCACAUAAAGCUUCUAAAUUUAGACCAAAGGGUAAAGAUUGGGGUUGGUCCAAUGAGAAAUCUAAAACGAAUACUGAAGAUUCUGUAGUUAUGUAAAAAAAAAUUGUAAGACAUAAAAAAUUUAUUUCUCUUAUUUUUUCACUUCUUGUUAUGUUCCUUUAUUCACUUAAUUCAAAUGCAAACAAAGAAUACAUUGUUAGGUUUCGUUAUAUUUUUAGUUAGACUUAUAUACAUAUAUGUAAAAAGAAAUACUGAAUUGUUUUACUAUUUUUUAUUUUAUAAUAUGAUUAGCUUAUUUUUAUUUUGUUAUAGUUUUUUCAUUAUUUUAAACAAAAAAGGUAUCGUUAUAAAGAAGAUAAAAUAGUUUUGAUUUAAAAAUUGUAAAAAAAAUCAUUAGUUUUAUUUUCUUUUCUUUUAAUAAAUUUAAAAAGAAGGAAAAAUAAAUUCAAUUGCAGAAUGUAUUUUUAAUUUCAAAUGUGAUUAACAAUUUGCUUAAAGGCAAAGAGAAAAAUUAUUAAUGAUAAUUUCCUAAAUGACGAUGCCUUUAUUAAAUUAUAAAAAAAAUUGUAGGAAAACUUUUCUCAUUUACCGAAACUAUAAGAUAAAUUAUAAUGAAAUAAUCAGUAUAAAGAAAUUUAAAAGUAAAAUUUUAAUUAUAAAACACAGAAAUAAUAAACAACAAUAACUUUUAAGAAUUCAUAUAUUAGGAAAUCUAGUAAUAGGGACCAAUGAGAGUACAAAUAAAGCUACUUUUUCUUUUUUUUUUUAAAUUAUUAUGUAAUAACUUUAUAUAUUGAAAAUUGAUAACAGGAAUAUAGAUUAAAUAAAAAAAUAAAAAAGAAAAAUUUUAAAUAAGGAAUUUAAAAAAAAUUAAAUGUAUGUAGCAUGCAAAAAAGGCGAUUAAGAAAAAGUUUUCCUAGAAUACACUUUUUAAUAAAGAUAAGAAUCACUCAGAUAAUUUUUUUUGUUUUUUCGGAGUACGAAUCUAACAAUACAAGCUAAAAAAAUUAGUACUAAAUUCAAUUUUGCAAUUAAAUUAAAUUUUAAUUGAUUUAGCAUUUUUUUGCAAAAAGUGACGUAGUUAUUAUUUCUUACAAGCACUCUAAUAACAAUAACAUUUAAUUCUCAUACUCACUUUUUAUAUUUUAUUAUAUGUGAUCUUUGUGCAAAAUAUAGAAUUUAAUUUUUAUAAUACAGAGAGGAGUCGACCUUGUGUCUUUUUCUUAUAUAGAUUUGGUUAACGUAAAAUUAAAUUUCGUCAUUUUCUCUUAUUGUAGCUCAUUGGCUUAAAAAUGAUUAUAGCAUGAUAUGAAAAAUAUCUUUUUAGAUGGAAACAUUUAUAUUUUUUGUUAAUUAGUGUAUAAAUAUACUUUUUAUAUUAUGUUCCAAAUCUAAUAUGUAAUUUUAUUUUUUAUUACAAUUAGGAAUGAAUUGUAAUAAACGCAGUUGACAUGAAAAUUAAAUAUUAAAUUUUGCGUUUCUUUUUGUGUGUUCUAUUAAAUUGCUUAGAUUCGUACUAAAUGUUAUUUUUUUUUUUUUUUCAUUUUUAAAUUCAUAUUUUUUAUGUUGAUUAUAAAUUCAAUUUUUUUUAAACUUUUCUCUUUUGUAAUAAGAAAUAUACAUAAUUUGUUUUUUUAUUAUUUUCUCGUUAUACAUCCGAAGUUUUUCAUUAAGUUUUUUAUUUUUUUUUUUCUUUAAAUAAUUAACAUGACUUUUAGUUAGUAUGUACAACUAUUUUAUUUCAUUUGUUUGAAUCUUAAUUUUUUUAUAAUCAAAUUAGGCAAUUUGUAAUAUAAAAAUUUGUUUUUUUUUAAUGACCCUUACCUUUUGAGAGUAAGAGUAUUUCAAAACUAUGAUUUUUUAUGUUUUUAUAUAUAUUUUAUUCAAAAAUUGUACUUCAAAAA